GCGAACCUCACGGGCCACGUCACAGUUCACACCCUGCCUCGCGAUUUGGCGCUCAGAGCAGCUGCGAAAGUGUUUCAAAGGGAGUCCUUUCGCCUCGCACUGAACCACGGCGUGCACCAGACGCGCGGCGUGAGGCUACAGCCCUGCACUCUAAUCAUCGG